CAAAUACGCAUACGGCAUACCCCGGAGUCAUGGACGUUCACAUGAGAACGCAUCCUUCACCUUUUGCGCCAAUUUGUUUACGCCUGCAAACAAUUAUUCAUGUUCCUAAGUGUUGUAAAUUAGAAAUCGAUUUUUGAUCGGUAAUUAGUAAAGAAUGGCUGGUGAAGUGGUAGUCGAUGCACUUCCUUACAUAGACCAGGGAUACGAUGAACCAGGAGUCCGAGAAGCGGCUUUGGCGAUGGUCGAGGAGGAGACACGAAGGUACAGACCCACGAAGAAUUACCUGGAGCAUCUUCCACCCCUGAAUAUUUCAGCGUUCGAAACUGAUGUAAUGAAACACGAGUUCGAGAGAAUGCAAAAUCGAAUUCCCAUGGAGGUGCUGAGUAUGAAGCGAUACGAACUUCCUCCACCUCCUCCAGGAAAAAUGAAUGACCUUGCAGCAUGGAAUGAGAGUGUAGAUAACAGCAGUGCACAAUUGGAACAUCAGGCCACCCGAAUAUGUAAUUUGGAAUUGAUGAUGGAAUACGGAUGUGAGGCCUGGAAAUCUCACCUGGAAAUUCUCGUGAAGAUGGUGAGCCACGCACAGAAGCUGAUCCAGUCCUUGAGAAAAACAAUCCAAGAGGUUAAUUGGCAGCGUAAAUCCAUGCAGACCCAAGGAGGAGAGAAAUUGAGAGCCCUGGAAGCCCAGUGGGUAGGUCUGGUGUCAAAGAAUUAUGAAAUUGAACAGGCAUGUGCCCACCUGGAGGAAGAACUCCAGAGGCUCAGGACACAUCAAGAGGAGGGAUUCGAAGUGACUGAUGUACCUACAGACGCACUCCAGCCAGACAUUCCCGAGGAGAGUGCAGCAGAAGCCCCAGGAAUUGGAAAUGUCGAUCCGCAGGACUAAUCCAUGUGACUCCCUUCAAUAGGAAUUUUACCAAAUUAAUUAGAUAAGGGAAAUAAAAAAUAUUGGAUGUGAAUAAGACGGUAAAAAUUAAUAAAG